AUGCCACGAUCUGAACUAGAGGAAUUAUCUGGUAUAAAAUGUUAUCGAAAAUUAAAAUAUUUCUCUGAUCGAGAUCAAUUAAUGCGUCAAUUAACGGGCGAUAUGAAAAGAACUAGUCAUAAUUUGAUCGGCUUCGAUGCCACCAGUAGCAGUGGCGAUUGCACCAAGCCAAUGGAGUCUAUCAAUAAACAAGAAGCAACAUUUAUCUUUGCCCAGUUGUUGAAAGAAGUUUUUCUUGACAUGACGGAUAUCAAUCGAUCAGAUAUGAUCGAUUAUUGUCGAACAAAUUAUGCAGAUAAUCCACGUCAACUUGAACUCAUAGGUAUAUUUGAAUGUGACUAUAGACGGCACACCCCAGUCAGGUGGUAUUCAUUGAAUGCUUUGCUCUAUCGAAUGUUGAAUAAAGCGUUGCGUACUCAAGAUAUAUCAACACUCUAUGCAUUAAGUACAUUUAUUCGAGAUCUACAUAAUCAACUUAUGGAAUUCUGCAACACGCUUAACGUAAGAGAACCAUUGAUAUUAUAUCGAGGUCAACAAAUGUUUACCUCUGAUUUCGAUAAACUACGUACUAAUCAAGGUGGUCUACUUUCAGUUAAGAGUUUUCUAUCAACGAGUAAGAAUGAAAAUAUGGCACUUAGAUAUGUUGGAACUACAAGCAUUAGUAAUGGCGAAAUAGCCACUCUUUUUCAGAUUACUAUAAAUUCGUUAAGACAUUUUAACGUUCCGUUGGCUAACAUCGAGGAAAUUAGUCAAUUUACAGAAGAAAAUGAAUAUCUUUUCUUGAUGGGCAGUGUUUUUUGCAUAAAUAAAAUUGAAAAUUUGUCACAUGACGAUUUAUAUACGACAUAA